AUGGCUUCAACAUCUUUAAUGACAGACUUUCCCGAGCUGGCACAUUUAUCACGAGAAGAUCUUGAAGAUCUUUUGAACGAUCCGCAAUACUUUCAGUGCAUAUUCCAAUCCCUCGACAAAGUAAAGGCGUUGUACCAGGCCCAAGCAGAACUGGGGAUGGCGAAUGAGUCGAUUGCUAACAAUAACCUGUGUCUCCAAGAACGACUCUACCAGCUCAGAAGCGAAACGAAGGAUGCUUUUGAUGAUGCAAAAUCGCUGGAAGCUAGGUGGAAAGAGCUAGAGCGCGAGCAGAAAGAAGUAUAUCAGCGGUUCAACCCUCAAUUUCUUUUAUUACGCUUAAGACACGCCACGACAGCACAGGACGACGAGUCCGAAGUGUUGGCCUCCUCAUUCGUGUCGUCGUUCUCUGAUGCCUCACCAUCAACGAAUUCCAGCGGUAAAGACAUUGAUCAAUUUGUGAAGGAAUUCAAAGAACUGCGGAAACUCUACCAUAAACGUGAAAUGUGGAGUGAGCGCUGGACUUCUGGCCAAGUCCAUUGGAGAGAUGACUAG